GCGAGAGGGGCCGGACCGCUCCCGCUCCCCCUCGUAGAGCAGGUGGAGGGUUCCACGGGGCCGGACGGGUUUUUAUUCCGUCCCUGGUUGUGUCUGAAGGCGAGCAACUCCACCUCUGCCGGUGUUGGAGGCGCUGGUGCACGGCUCUCCGCUGGGGGCUCGGGGCUCCCCUCGCCAUGGCUUUCACCUUCGCUGCUUUCUGCUACAUGCUGUCGCUCGUGCUUUGCGCCGCGCUCAUCUUCUUCGCCAUCUGGCAUAUAAUUGCCUUUGAUGAGCUACGGACGGACUUCAAAAGCCCAAUAGAUCAGUGCAACCCAGCCCACGCAAGAGAGCGGCUGAGGAAUAUUGAACGUAUUUGCUUCCUCCUGCGAAAGGAACCAAAUCCUGUAUUUGCUGAAGUGCUGGAGUCUCCAUUGGUUUCAGAGGACUGCAAGCUGGUGUUGCCGGAGUACUCCAUCCAUAGCCUUUUCUGCAUAAUGUUUUUGUGUGCUCAGGAAUGGCUCACACUGGGCUUAAAUGUUCCUCUGCUUUUUUAUCACUUCUGGAGGUAUUUUCGUUGCCCAGCAGAUAGUUCAGAACUCGCUUACGAUCCACCUGCAGUCAUGAAUGCUGAUACCUUGAGUUACUGUCAAAAAGAGGCCUGGUGUAAGCUAGCUUUCUAUCUCCUUUCUUUCUUCUACUAUCUUUACUGCAUGAUCUACACUUUGGUGAGCUCUUAACUAAAAGAUCAUCAUUAAAGACUGAAAACAACAAAAGCUGUGGAGGUGCAAGGAGUGAGCCAAGUGAUGCAUGAUUCAAAGAUAAAUAAGUAAAUGAAAAUUAAAGAGAGGAAAACUUUGAACCCAAGAAGUAAAUAGAGUAUAUGACAGAGACACCAAGCAGAAGCAGAGUACCAUGAAGAGUGGCUGAGUUAACUGUGUUUCUCCUGUCUCUGUGUAUUACAGCAAAUGACUUUCAAAACCCAAGGGAAACAAAAAAAUGCAACCAAAUAGACUGAGUUACAGAACUGUUUUCCUCUUCAAGGAUAAUGCUGCUCAGCUAAAUGGAUUCAUCAUAAACCGUAGUCCCUACUGUCUUCCAAGGAGCAAAGUUUCUUUUUUCUUUUUUAAUGAUUGUUCUGUUCUGUGGAAGCAGAGGACAAGAUCAUCAUAAACAGCAGGAACACUUACACAAUACGUCAUGAAAAUGAGCACUAAACUGGGGUUCAGACAAGAUGUGUGACUGUUCUGCAGGGGUGUUUGUGUGACACUUAUCAAACAGGGUGUUGGAUCUUGGGGAAUUGCUUUCUGUGGCUUUUUUUACCCACUCCUCUUUAACAAUAACAAGAAAAUUAUUUAGAAAUUGCAGUGCUCCGUUUUUUUAACGACAUGUUAUUACUGUAGACAAACAUGUGGUAUGUUUCUGUACUUCACUUGUGGUGCAUCAAUAACAUAGUGAUAGUAUAAAUACGUUGGAAUUGGCCUAACUAUAUCAAGCACAUACCAGAAUAGUGUUCCUCUGACUGCAAAAAAGACUGGUAAGAAUUACAUAAGUGAAGAGGAUUGUAAUAUAGAUAUUGUAUUUGUUAGAAUUCCGGAGAAUGAAAUACCAGACCAGAUUGUGGUCUGAAAUUCUAUUGUGCCAUUUCAUUUCUGCUGUCAAAUUUAUGCUGGAAGUCACAAAAUGUUUUUGUUCUGUAUGAGGUGGGUAUUUAAGUUGUUCAGUUCUUUUUAUAACUUAAAAGGAUUUUUAUUAUUUUAUCGUACAACUAAUAUUUAAUUUUAUACAUAUGAGCUGUAAAUCUUCAUAUAUAUGUAUAUACAAAUACACAUCUAUGUAAGCACUCAAAGUCUAUUCAUAUUUUAUGUUAAUCUGUUUGAUUUACCAGGUCAAAAGCAUCAUCUGUUCAGAACUGCUGCUAAAUAUGUUUCAGCACUGAAACUAGUGAACCAGGGCUGACUCCAGAAUCACUAAGGUAUUUCAAGGCAAUCACUGGUGCCCUGGGCAGCAGGAAGCUUCUAAGACUAGUACCAGCACACACAGGGAUCGGGUCCUGCACUGUGAAUGAGCUAAUAAGACAUGCUUUUGGCACAGAUGCUGAGGAGAGCAGGGCAGAGAGUUCUGUAUGGAAACAGCUUGUGAACAAUUGGUCUCGUUAAGUUUGGCCCAGUGUAGACCCUGCCAAAUUUGGUGUGUCUGUUGAGAGCCAACAGAUUGUUCCUGAGGACUUUGGGCACAAGACUUCAGAAAGAAAGGUCCAGUGGCACGUUCAGCACUGCUCUUGUGCUAAUAAACCCUAUUUUAGAGCAUGCUGGAGAAGCAGUGGCUGCGUGCAGUAAUCUAAUGUCUGGCAAAACAAAAACUGAGCUGGAGUUAAUGUGUUGUGUACAGUGCCAAGGCUUUUUCUGGUUUGAUCAGCCUACACUGACAAAAUUAAAUCCUCUUAGCCUGCAAAACACUUUUUGGUGCAUGCUAACUGACUGCUUUUAGCCUGUGUCAAGAUCGUGGCAUGGAGGAGUGCUAACUGGCUUCUGUAAAAGGUAUACCAAGGUCAUUCUAACAGUAUUUAAAUGAUGAAGUUCUGCUUAGCAUUGACAUUCUACAACUUACCAGUACAGACGUAACUGAUAGUCUUGCAUUGUGCAGUUUUAAUUUUUACAGCCUAGCAUUUCCAUUUCUAGAAGCAGACAACAGAGCUGCCAUAUCAGGUUACUUGGGAAACUAAUUUCUGCCUGAUGGUUCAUAAGUUUGGAUUGCACAUGUUACAGAAGUGACUGAACUGCUCUUCAAAUCACAUUUGCAGACAGAAUGGAUGUAUUUCCUUGAAGUGUGCUUGAGCUAAGGAAAGCUGAGUGGUUACAGAGCUAACUCUGUAUAGCUCUGUAUGGUAUAAUUAAUGCAUAAUCCAUAAAAAGCUGAAGAUUGCCUGUUACUGGAUUUCUUCUAUACAUACUAGCUGAAAACAUCUCAUUCUACAGUAGUAUGGAAGCUAGCUCCACAGGAGAAAAUCAGCAUUGCUACCUCAUAAAACUCAACACUGAGGAGGUGACUGACACAUCUUCCAGGGUGCAUCAGAGGUUAAAAAAAACGAAAUUCGGAUUUCCAACAUUCCAGAAAAGUGCUUUGAAGUCAGUUUUGUGAAACAUCCUGGAAUGUUUUUGUGAGGCUGAAUGGA